AUUUUGUUAGCGGUUAAAACAUUUUCUAAGCUUUAAUUUUAAUAUUUCCUUGUGAAUUUAAUUAUAAUUGAAUAUUAUUAUGGAUAGUAGAUUGAAUUUCUCUGUUAAUUCAGGUCAUUAUACUUCUAUGGUUGCCCAAUCUCCUGCUGUUAGAUCUUCUCGAAGUCGUUAUGCUAAUUAUCUGUCCAAUAGUCGACAAGCUGAGCUCAGUAAUUGUACUUUCUCUUCAAUUCUUCGCCAUUCAAUAGGUCCUUCUACUCCUUUCAUUCUACCUCAAGAGGAUACACCAGAAAUUAGGGAACAUGUGUUUCCAUGUUACACUUUGUUUAAAUCAUUUUUGGAAUCAAAGAAAAGACUUGAAGUUGAUCUUGAGCUGUUUUCUUUAGCUGAAGAAUAUGAAAAACAAUGUUGUGAUCAUCUUCAGGUGCUAAUGUCCCUGAAAAGUGGUCAAACUAUUGACCCUAAAGAGUUGACAACUUUACCACCCAAAAUGGAAAUGCUUUUACGAUCCGAACGUAAUUCAUGGAGGCUUAUCAGAGGUCUUUUUGAAGACAGAGUUAGAGUUUCAGAGAACAAUCAAUUAGAAAUGUCUGACUCUGAAGAUAUGAUGGUCGAUGGAGGUCAAAAGAAGAUGAGUGACAAAGAAGUCAUUGAUGCCUUUUUGGAUCGAGAUGUUAAUGCAAGAACAAUGCAACAUGUUAUCGAUUGGCUUGAAAAGAAUGAGCAAGAUGAUAUGGAUUCGGAAAAAUAUUGUGAUAAAAUUGAGUUUUACUCUGAAGGACCUCAUAGCUGGGAAAAUACUCUCCAUAGUAUUAAAAAUCGUCAGCUUGGUAUUAGUAAUAUUCAACAUUGUACUGAGAUGGAUCCUGAUGCUCCAAUACGAAGUAAUCGUCCAUUACAUGAUCUUGAUAAAGAAGAUGAGAACCGAUUAUUCAAACAUAUACUUCGUUAUCUUCGUGCCGGAAGGCUUGAUGUUGCCAAAGAAAUUGCUGAGAAACUUGGUCAUCAUUGGUUAGCUGCUGCAUUAUAUGGUUGGGUCCCAUUCCAUGAUCUCAAUUUUCAAGAAGGAUUUACCGAAGAGGAGGAUAUGCUUGUAGUCCAAGGUAAUGCUUGUCGUGAUCUUUGGAAAUAUACAUGUUUCAAGUAUUCACAAAUGGAAAACACAAAUCAAUCGGUUUAUGAAGCUGCCGUUAUUGGAUCUCUUUGUGGUAAUCUUAAAGCUCCAUUGUCCCUUCUUACCCGAUGGUCAGAUAGACUUUGGUUACUUAUUCGAGCCUCUCUUGAUUGUCUCACUGAACAUGAGCUUCGUCACACUUAUCUACCAAAUAUUGUCACUGCUCGAGGCUCGGGACCAAUUAGAACUUUCCUGAGAAACUCUGUUGACUUACCAGAAGAAUAUUGGAGUAAUAUGAAAAGCUUUGAUGACAUUUUUCGAGAUGCUGAUGCCUGUUUUAAGAAGGAGAAUAUUUCUUCUGAAGAAAAGUGUCACCAAACUAUUCAAAAAAUGGUUAUUUUAGAUGAUACUGAAGGUGCUUUAGAAUAUAUGAUUGAUUGGAUUCGGAAUCAUGGUGUUGAAAACGAGAUAAGACCUCAAAUUUGUCGAUUUUUUGCUCAUUUCGUUCUUUUCUUGACCGAAUUGGGUCAAAUAACAACCGACUCUAGAAGAGGUUUCGCCAUUUCAAUUCUCGAAGAGUACAUCAAAUAUCUUAUUGAUUGGAAAGAAAUUGAAUUGGUAGCUCCAUAUGUUUCUCAUCUUCCACCUUCAUACCAAGUCACCACUUAUGCUAAAUUACUCGAAUCUAUUACUGACAAAAAAGAACGCCAGUUAGCCUUAAAGGUAGCCAAGGAAUCUGAGCUGGAUAUUGAGAGCAUAACUAAAACUGUCGUGGAAACUAUUAGAGUUGAUUCACACAAUUCGAUAAAGAAAAGUGAUCUAUCCAUGUUACCUUCGCAUGUGGCUGCUGAAGUCGAGGAUGAUAAUGUCAAGAUUGAUGCUCUUGAUUGGCUUUCGAUUGAUGAAAAUAUCAAUUAUAUUGAGCUUCUACUCCAAUCAAAUGCUUUAAUCCGUCAAUUUUUACUUGCAUCUAAAAUUGAUUCGGCUAAGAAAACAAUUAGAAAACUUCCAAGUAACCUGAUCGAUGGAGUGAACAAAAUGUGGAGAAGUAAAGCCGGACAGAAGAAGAGAAAAUCGGCUCGACUUGAUAAUGCGAUUCGAGAGCAUUUAUGCUAUUCAGCUUAUUCCCAAGCAAUUGAAUCUUUCGAUGAUUGGUUAACCUAUUAUAGUAACUCUAAACCCGAGAAACCCCAACCACCCACAAGUAACAAAUUCACCGAGAAAGUGGCCUAUCAGCAUCUCUUAAAGCAACAUGAGAUCGACAUUGAACAAUGGAUAAAUGUUCUUGGUCUUCAAGCUAAAUUAACCGCUGAUAAAGUUUACAAUGUUUUGUGUUUCGUUGAUGGCGGUUGGUUGGUUGAUGCCCGAAUUGACCCGGAAGAAGAUGAUACAAGGAAGGAGCAAUUGUUGGCUCUUCGUAAAGAUAAAAUUCCUCAAUUAACUUUCAUUUUACAAACUGUUCUUCAUUCAUCCAAUCGAUAUCAAGAAUGUUUACAAAUUGCCGAUGUUAUCGCUUCGGAAGUACAUUGUCUUUAUAAAGAAUUUGAACCCGAUCAGAUCAAAACUUUACUUCACAAGUUAAGGGAAACUUCAAUUGUACUUCUUGAUCAAAGUAAAGAUUGUUGUGGUUAUUAAUUAACAAACCAAAUUGGAUAAAUCAUAAUAUCCUUUCACGAAAUCGAUUGUAAAUAUUAAUCCAUAAAUAUCUUCAUCAAAGCAAACAUUUUGUCCCGAGUUUUAUACAAAUAAUGAAAGCGAAAUGAGUUGAUUAAAUUGCUUUUCAAAUUAAUUUUAUUUCAUGUUAAUUUCUUAUUAUUCUGUUGAUAAUAUUAAUAUUAAUCAAAUGAAUCAAUUGAUUGUUCAACCGAGAAUACCUCCAAGAUCAAGUCCAAUAGAUUUCAAGAUUGGUUCAGGCUCUGGUUCGGGUUCAGC